CAAAGUGAGAAGUGAAAAAGAAGGGAAAAAGUACAAAUCACAUCAUAAAUCAACCUCCUCAUGUAACACAGCACUCUCUCACUGUUAAAACCUCGUACAUCUACCCCUCCCCUUGUUCUCUAUCUCUUCAUACAACUCUACUUUUUUUUCUUCGUGUUUCUCCAUUAAAGAAGUACAGAAAAAGAUGCAAAAGCCAGGUCCUAGACCUUACGAGUGUGUAAGAAGAGCUUGGCAUAGCGAAACACAUCAACUCAUAAGAGGUUCCAUGGUUCAGCAGAUUUUAAGGCUUGCUAUUCAAACCCAUAGCUCAGCUACUAAAAAGAACAAGGAAUGGCGAGAUAAAAUACUUAUUGUCAUCGUUAAAGCUGAGGAGAUUAUGUAUUCCAAAGCCAAUUCUGAGAAUGAAUAUAUGAACCCUGAAACGUUAUGGGACCGAGUUAAUGAUGCCAUCGACACGAUUAUCCGUAGAGAUAAGAGUACUAAAACAGGAGAGCUUUUGCCAUCUUGUGUUGAAGCUGUACUUAAUCUGGGGUGCUAUCUAGUGAGAUAUUCGAGGAGCCAACAACAUUGUAAUCCUAGGACUUACCUUACGCCGAGAGCUCCCGAACAUGUUUCUUUGGCUCCUAGGAUUUUCGAUGAAGGUAGUGAGGAAUGUUGUCCUCGGUUUCCGCCAGUUCAAUCUGUAAGAAUAGCCACUGAUGUGAAUUCCAACAUUUCAGUUUCACAAACUAACCAUAGUUGGAGUCAUUUUCUCUCUGAAAUUGUCCAUAUGACUGUGACCGGUCGACGAGGAUAGAAACUAAGACCUCCGAUUGGUCAAGUUAUCCCCUUUAUCAUGGAAUUCACCAUCAAAACACUUAGCCCCUGACGGGUUCUCCAGUUCGUGAAAAUAUAAUGUCUGAUACCAUAUUUGUUGGGAGCCCUAUUGGUACAUCACUCGCUGAGCUAGGGGUAAAUGGUUCCUCACAGAAUCUCUUUUCCUCUUCGGAUAUUAGUGGUAAGGGAGACAAACUGCAAGAUAUCAAGCGCACUAAUGAGAAAUCAUUUCUGGAAGAGUGUGAUUUGUCCUUACGGUUGGGUCUAUUUUCUGACCCUUGUGUACAAGUAGAAAAGGAUUCAAUAUUUGAAACCGGAGAUGUUGGUCAAAGUAGCCCUUGUGAUAGGGGCAAAGUUAAUGAGGUUUUCUAACAAAAGAGUAAAGAGUCCUGUUUUUCCCUCGAGGGGACUGUUAAUGGCCAUUUUGAACCAAUUUCUUGAAAGUUGUUUAUAGAAAGUGAAAGCAACAAUUUAGGGGCAACAGUGGGAAAGAGGAAGGCAAUAUUUCGAAGUGAUUCGGAAGAUAAAUUUUUUUUCUACCAACCAGGGCCUUCGUCUAAUAAUUGAAGAAAUGAGCAGAUAAGUUUUGCUAAAUCACUUGUAGAUCGGGAUGGCAAGAGGCAUCUGUGUGUUGUAAGAAACGGAUGUAAUUUGUAGCAAGGAGACCGGAUACAGGUGCAGGAUAUAUGAAACAGAUGGGAGCUAAUGGUCUCCUGUGUAGCUUUGUGGUUUCAUACACGUCCGAGAUUAGAUGACUUGGCAUAACAUGGUUUCUCGGGAACGACCUUGUUAGCACUUAUAAGUUUUCAGGUGGUACUGACACACGCAAGAAGAAUCAAUCUAUGAUGGAGUGGCUUGCAAGAAGAAUGGCUCAGUUAUUAUCCCAAGGAUGACGAAGAGUCCCUUAAGCCCUGAAGAUGGAUACUUGUUUCGAGGAUUUACUUAAUUUUGGGUCCUGAUUUUCAGGACAAGAGAAAUGUUAACUAAGCACCAUUCAUCCAUGUUCAUCGAACUCUUGGAAUCUGAGGCUGUAAUUGGUGGUAGUUGACAUUACUUUCUCAGCUAAGAGUCUGAGUCUGAAUCCAAUUCUUCCCAUGAUAUCUGUGGUGGGGUGACUCCACCAAGCAUUAAACUUCUUGUUGGUAAGCCAUCUCGUUCCUUAGUGUGAAUCCCAGUUUUCACUUCACCUUAUUACACUGUCACCACCGCCUCUUAGUUUCGAACAAACAUUGACUGUUAUAAUUGUAUGGCACUUAGAUUAAGCAUUGUAUUUUUUUUAGUUAAAUAA